CAACAAAAAAAACCACACAACUCCAUCUAUGGUUUCAUCCAAUAAUUUGUGAAAAUUUUCGACAACAACAAACUAAUGGAUUUACAAACAAGCCGAUUACAAAUGAAAAUAUCCAUGUAGAUCAGAUAAUCGAAUCCAAUGUUCAUGGUUAUAGUUAUCAAACAAAGUUGAAUAAAAUAGAGAAACCAAAAAUUGUAUCUGAUUUUGAUAAUUUUUCCGAACCAAUCCAACCGAUUCUAUCCGAUAUUCUUCAGAAAAAAUUCGAAGAAUUUGAAAAUCAUUUGAUGUCUCGUACUGAUAAAAUCGAAUGCAAAGUGUCCGAAUGUUUGAAAAAUGUUCAUUCAUUAACCGACGAUUUCAACGCUCAUCGACAAUAUUUAUUGGAUCAUUUGAAUCUGUUGAAGCCAAUUCGAAAGAGACGACCGUUUUAUCGAUCACAAGUCUGGACAAUCGAUCCAAUUACGGAAACUGGAACGAUUCCAUUGUCCAGUACAAUAGAAAUGACCGAAAAUCCAGAAUGUUCAUUGGCAUUCACAACAGAAGAAUAUAAUCCAUCGAACAAAGAUUUAAACAGAAAAAACAUGGCUAAAUUUUCUUGUACAAAAUGUUCUUAUAGAUUUACUUCUUAUGGUAAGCUUGAUAAACAUUUAAAAACACAUAAACCUGAAAACAAACAUAUAUGUUUUAUUUGUGGCAAUAGAUACAAAUAUCAAUCAAGUCUUUAUACACAUAUUAAUACACAUACAAAAGAACGACAAUUCAAAUGUCAUAAAUGUUCUCGUGUUUUCAGUCAAAAAUGUAAUCUUAUCAUACAUUGUCGUAAACAUACAGGUGAAAAGCCAUAUCAAUGUCCAUAUUGUAAUUAUAAAUUACGACAAUAUAGUAAUCUUGUAGAUCAUGUAAAAAGAAAACAUCCUAAUUUAAAACAAUUAUAAUUAAUUUUUUUUUUUUUGUUAAACAAAACUUUUAUAUUCAAAAACAAUUAUCAUUACAAAACAUUUACAAUAGAUGGCACUGUUUGUGAUCACAUCAUUAACAAACAAACAAACAAAACAGACAAAAAAUUCGAAUAUUCAAUUAUCCACCUACAUUAUUGAUCGAUAUAUUUGAUUGAUUUCACUUUUUUUUGUGAUAAUAAUGACGAGUUUGUUUUU